CCUUUGUGAAACCGCCCGCUCCAACAAUGCCUUCGACCCCACAGCAACCCUUAAAAGUCAUCAUCCUAGGUGGCGGUAUCGCCGGUCUCACAACUGCACUUUCCUUGACAAAAUACUCGCCUUCACAGUUCCCUCUUCCUCAAAUAACUAUCUACGAGAUCAGACCCGAGCCUGCAACCAUUGGCGGGGCCGUGAACCUCACGCCGAACGCACUUCGUCUCUUGAACCACCUCGGCGCUCUACAGGAAAUCCGCGCUAGAAAUUAUGGCAAAGAAUGUCUCGCCGUUGAAGUCUUCGACCUGUACACUGGCGCCCGGCUAGCUGAAAGCAGUUUCCGAGGCCCGGUUGGCAGAGGCCUGGGCGAACCACCCUUCACAGCACUCAGAAUCACAAGGGGGGAGGCGUUAAAAGGAGUAUUGGCAGCAAUCGAGAAACACGACAACAUCAAGCUUGUGUGCGGAAAGAAGACAGUAGACAUCCAGGAAGACAUCAACGGCGUUGAAAUCAAGUUUGCCGGCGGCGGAAAAGUGAGUGCAGAUAUCCUUGUCGGCUGCGAUGGCAUUCACUCCGUGGCCCGUCUCACGCACGUGGAGCCGGAGCGGAAAAGUGUGUAUUCCGGCAUCUGCAAUGCCUUUGGGUUCGCAAAACGAAGGAAAACAGAGUCCGGUGGCUUUGAGGAAACGCACUUCGAGACGACAGGGAUGAACUUUGGUCGAAGAGGUAUCUUACUCACCUCGUUUCACAACGAAGAUAAAGACUCAGUCUACGUUGGUGCACUCAUGCAGGUCCCGGAAAUCGCAUCAAGAGACGGAUGGAAAGCCGCGGGCAAGGAUGCAGAGAAUACUCGCAGAGAUAUGCUGGAAAGAUACAGCCCCGCUGCAUUAGACUUGAUCCCACAUCUGAUUGCGGACGCAGAGGAUCUAUUCUUAUGGCCUGUCUUCACGCUCUCCGCGGGCGGAAAGUGGGCUACGGAUCGCGUCAUGCUGAUUGGAGACUCUGCACAUGCCAUGCCACCACAAGGCGAAUCGACGGGCAUCGUUUUCGAAGAUGGCGUGCUAUUCGCUCGCUGUGUGGGACGAUGGAUGGAGAAGAACAACGGCGCCCCUGUGAAAGAGGCGUUUAAUGCGUAUGAGAGCUUGAGAAGAGAACGUAUCGAUAUUGCGUAUAAUGAGAGUCAGAAUGUGGUCAAGACGGUGCAGGAUGUCGGGUGGCUUGGGCAUAAGAUUAAGAUGAAUAUUAUCCCGUGGUAUCUGUGGUGGACAAGAAGUUAUCGAGAGAAGCAUUUCAUCGAAGAUGUCACGACGUGUGAGCUUAACUAUUAGUGGUAAUGCAAAGGAGUUGAAG